AUGGGGAUUACUACUUGCAGCAAGGAUAGCUACUCAACACCAAUGGCAGAGAAUCUGGGCGCACAUGCAAGCAUAAUAGUCCUCAAUAUCGUGACAGGUAGUUUAGUUAGGGCUGCCGAUAGUGCUCUACGAGUAGAGGUUGAAAGGCUUCAAAAUUUUAAGGAGGUUGAUGAAAAUAACCACGCUUUCAGAUUGAGUCAUAAUCAGGAUUUUCGUAGUCAUGAAUUGCAAAUUGGUCGGCGGAUAAAGCAAAUAUCUGGGAAUCGAGACAGUGUCAGAGCAAAAGCAAGUGAACUGAUUAGACUUAUUAAUGAUCCUCUAUGUCCUCAAUCAAUUAGUGCUGUUACGUUUGCAAAGAAGGUUGUGUCUCAAUGCUCAACCCAGAGUGCAAACUUUAACAGUACUGCAUUUUCCUGUGGGCAUGUCAUUGUUCUUGUUACUUCACAGGUUCCCCUUGCAAUGGAUCUUCUUCUUGCGGAGCUCCAUAAGGCUUGUAUAUACAUUGUUCCAAAGCAUGUAUCUUACUCAGAGUCAGCAAUAUCUAAAGAAUACUACUUUAAAGCGAUGGGUUUCCGAGAAGAAGAUGGGAAGGCUGAAAGCCGUAAAGGUUAUUUGGAAGGAGUGGCAUCUUAUAUGAAACUAUAUGAAGCACUAGUUCAGACGGAAGUCAGCGGUGUCCAAAACCUUCAUGGUCUGAAGGAAGGUUGGGCAUGGAUUUCCAGGUUGUUGAAUUCACUCCCAGCAAACAUAUACAAGGCAGUAGCUCUGAACAGUUUCCUGGAAAUGGCAGGUUUUGCACUCUUCAAGACAUACAAAACUCAGUUCCGGAAGAUACUUAAUAUCAUAUCUCGCGACUUCCUGGGUGCCCUGGAAUCAAAACAAAAUCCAAAGCUGAACCCAAUCAUCAUGAAACUUAAAACUUAUAUCGACACAAACCAAUUCCUCAAGGAACCAGAAAGGUGGCUUUUGAAAACUUCUUUAUUGUCUGAGAUGGCUAUGCCAGAGGCAAAUUACAGUCCUCAACAGAACUACCAUUCUCAGCAGAAUAGACAAUAUCGCAACUAUUGAUUCAUAUCAAUUGUCGGUGUCCAAGAGUUUGAAGGAAAUGUAUCAAACAGCUAUAACAUUCAAUUAUUUUCUUUGUUAGCAAUCUUAUGUUGUAUCUAUAAUUAUUAGUUCUCUUGUAUUACCCCCAUAUCUGGGUGGUAAAAUUUGUUAUGAGAGCAGUAGAUGGUAAAAAACUAAAAACUGUUAUUAUGAAAGCAGUAGAAAAACCAAAAAGCUGCUUCUAUUGAAAACCUACAAUUUUGUCAGUCUUAGCAUACAUACAAUGUACGGAGUACCAGUAAAGAAUAAAUAAUUAUG